UAAUUUUUUCAAGUGGUCUCUCUCAUUUUUCUCAGCUUCCAUUUGCUCAAGAAAAAAAGAGAAAAGCUCGAAUUUUGGUUGAAACAUAUAGAAAGCAAAGCAUGAUGAUUUUAUGAAAGUGGUAUUCCAACGUAGAAAAGCAUAGAAUCUCUCUUUUAAAAGAUUCAUUCACUCACCAAAAAAACAAAAAGAACAAGAAAGUUUUCUCUUCGGUUUUCCCUUUACUAAGAUAGAAUGUGAAGAAGAAGAAGAAGAAGAAGAAGAAGAAGCAAAGCUGUAUAAGUUAAGGGUUUUUCAAAGAUUUUUGUUGCCAUAAUGUGAACCUGAUUUCCAUCCACCUAGGAUUGCCAAAUUAGGCAACCUUAACUACAAGCUAAAUCAUCAAAGAAGACCUUUUCUUGUUUUCUUCGGAAACAGUAGUUACUCUUCUUGUCGUGCACAAAGAUUGAAGAUAUCGUCUAUCAUUGUAAUUUACAGCUCCUUUGCUUGCUCCUCAACUACAAGCCGUUUGAUAUAGAACUUGUGAAGCUAGGCUUUUCAGUUUGUUUGUUCAUAUUAGAAAGAGAAACACAUUCGGAUUAUUGUGAAGCUGCGGUUUAAAUGGCUAAAGUUUGUUGGCCAUACUUUGAUCCCGAGUAUGAGAACCUGAGUGUCAGAAUAAAUCCUCCAAGGGUGUCCGUCGAUAACACGAGUUGCAGUGACUGUACUCUUAUAAAGGUUGACAGCGUGAAUAAACCCGGAAUAUUGCUGGAAGUUGUGCAAAUACUAUCGGACCUUGACUUCAUUAUUACCAAAGCUUAUGUCUCCUCUGAUGGUGGAUGGUUCAUGGAUGUGUUUCACGUCACGGAUCAACAAGGAAAAAAGAUCACCGAUGGAAAAACCAUUGAUUACAUAGAGAGGGUUCUAGGACCUAAGGGCCACACUACAGAUGGGAUGAAAGACUGCCCUGGCAAACGUGUCGGGGUGCACUCUUUUGGUAAUCACACUGCAAUCGAACUCAUUGGAAGGGACAGGCCUGGUCUCUUAUCAGAGAUCUCGGCUGUCCUUGCCAACCUUCACUUCAAUGUUACUGUUGCGGAAGUAUGGACGCAUAAUAGACGAAUAGCAUGUGUUCUCUAUGUCAAUGAUAAUACCACGAGUGGGUCUGUGGAUGAUCCCAACAGACUGUCUAUUAUGGAGGAGCAGCUUAAGCACAUCAUGCGUGGUUGUGAGGACGAUGACAAUGUGGCUCGUACCAGCUUCUCCAUGGGAUUCACUCAUAUUGAUCGCCGGCUUCAUCAAAUGCUGUUUGCUGAUAGGGAUUACGAAGGCGGUGGAGUGACAACUGAGGUUGACUAUCCUCCAUCCUUCAAACCAAAGAUCACAGUUGAGCGCUGUGAGGAGAAAGGAUACUCGGUUGUUACUGUCCGGUGCAAAGAUCGAGCUAAGCUCAUGUUUGACAUUGUCUGCACGCUCACGGACAUGCAAUAUGUAGUUUUUCAUGCUAACAUCUCAUCCAACGGUCCUUAUGCUUCACAGGAAUAUUUUAUUCGCCACAUGGAUGGCUGCACACUUGAUACUGAAGGAGAGAAAGAAAGGGUUGUUAAAUGUCUCGAAGCCGCCAUUCAUAGAAGAGUGAGUGAGGGUUUAAGCCUGGAGCUUUGCGCAAAGGACAGAGUUGGGUUGUUGUCCGAAGUAACAAGGAUUCUCCGAGAGAACGGAUUGUCCGUUAGAAGAGCAGGGGUGUCAACAGUUGGGGAGAAAGCAGUGAAUGUUUUCUAUGUUAGAGAUGCUUACGGUAAUCCUGUAGAUGCAAAGACAAUCGAAGCACUUCGCAAAGAAAUCGGACAGACAAUGAUGCUAAACGUAAAGAAGGAUCCAUCAAGUACGAAAGCACGGGAGGCAGAGACCAGCGGAUGGGCUAAAACAAGCUUCUUCUUUGGGAAUUUAUUGGAAAAGUUCUUGGCUUGAAAGAAGAAAAUCAAUGUCAAAUGUAUAGAAUAAUGCUAGCUAUUGCAUAUCAACCAUGGGAAGAACUUGUUAUCCCUAGUUUGUUUAAAAAUAAAUGCUUGCGAAUUGUGAAGCUUGUGAGCCUAA